AAUACUUUUCCUGCUGCUUCGCUUUAUUUCCAAUGAUAUUAUGAGGCACGAAGAGAUCUAUUCGAAAUAUGCAUUUAAAAAAAUAGAACCUUGAUGGGUGAACAAGUUCGAAAUUCACCUCUAUUCAAACCAGACGUUUAUUUACACGUAGCUACGGAAUCCGUGUCAGCCCGAACUUCAUCUGUUCUCAAAACUGCACCUCUGCUCCUUCGCUUCACUUCAGUGACGAUGGAAAACUGCAUCCGCCAGCUAGCUCGUUAGCUAACCCUGAAUAACUCAAUAAUGACGCGUUUUAGGGUAAACGACAGUGAACGGUCUCGUAAUGCCGUUGCGUCGUGUUAUUUACGGCACAAAGAAGAGCGUGGACAUGUUAGUGACGUUCCAGUCCUGCUAUAGCGCGACAAUGUGCGGGUUCGAUUAGCUCCGGUUGCUAAGUGACUCGGUGUGAUUUGAUAUGGCAGCUCCGGAACCACCUAGCAUCCACCACAACUCGACCCAUUUCCUCAUUUGUUCACACUUGAUGACAAUAAACCUUUUGAAAGUGUAUCCGGUGUAUGACUAAAAGUUACGGCGUCGACCCUUUUGGCAUUUGUUAACGAAACCGCCUGGCAUGGAGCCAGGCGACUUGCGGGAGAGCCCCGCCGGUUCCGGAGAGUCCGAUGCCGGCGACUGGAGGGAGGUUCGGCCCGGCGGGGAGGACGAAGGGAAAGCCGCCCACAUUGAGCCUAUGGCGACCACGGAGAUGUCACCGAGAGACACCUGCCGCCAUGACGUCGGGGGCGAUAAAGCAACUAAAACGGGCGACCAGCUUCACAGCCCUUACGACGACGAGCUGGACCCCCGAAUACAGGAAGAGUUGGAGCACUUAAACGAAGCCAGCGCUGAAAUAAACAAGCUUGAGCUGGAAUUAGAUGAUGCCCGGUCGGGAUACCGCAAGAUUCUCACAGAGUCUGCUCGGAAGCUAAACGCUCACAGCUCCCAACUGGGUACCUGUAUAGAGAAGGCCAGGCCCUACUACGAGGCCCGGCGCCUGGCCAAGGAGGCUCAGCAGGAGACCCAGAAGGCAGCGCUGAGCUAUGAGCGCGCUGUCUCCAUGCAUACGGCGGCUCGGGAGAUGGUAUACGUGGCGGAACAGGGCCUCAUGGCAGACGGAAAGAACACCCUGGACCCAACCUGGCAAGAGAUGCUCAAUCACGCAACCUCCAAGGUGAACGAGGCUGAGGAAGAGCGUCUCCGCAGUGAGCGUGAACACAUGCGCGUCACUCACGCGUGUCAAGAGGCUGAGGCUCGUGUGCAGACUCUGCAGAAGUCGCUGAGGAGAGCCAUCCUCAAGUCCAAGCCUUACUUUGAGCUCAAGGCACAAUUUAACAACAUACUUGAGGAGCACAAGACCAAAGUUGUCCAGCUGGAGCAGCACGUGUCCAAAGUGAAGACUCGCUACUCCAUCGCUCUGAGGAACCUGGAACAGAUCAGCGAGCAGAUCCACGCUCAGAGGGGCCACGAUGCCCCUGUGCCUGGAGGACGCAGCCCCCCUGUGGGGGCUGAGUCAGACACCUACAAAGAGGGCAGAGCCUGCGGGGGCGCCGGCCCGCCACACAGCGACCGGCCGGACCCGGAGAAGGAGCGCGAACGGGCCGGCUCGGACUCCCUGUCUGUCUUCAGCCUGCAGACCAUCGCCUCCGAUCUGGAGAAGUACGACUCGGUAGAGCACCUGGGCGACCUUAGCGACGCCGGCAGCGUGACGGGCGAGGAGGGCGAGCGGGACCAGAACCGGGUGGCAGAGCGGCGGGAUAAGCUGAGCCAAGUUAGCGCCCGCCAGCGCCAACAGGAGUUCUCAAAGCAGCACCACCGCAGCUUCAGCUUGUAGUACUACUACUCUAAUCAAGUAAAACUACAAACAUGACUGCCGAAGUGUCAAUAAGCACUCUCGUGUACGUACACUGAGGCUGUGUUGGGAUUCACUCCCGAGCCAUCGCAUCGUGCCCUAUUUCGCCAGUUGGCCAUUUUGCAAUCAAAAGUAGUGAACAACUAAACAAGGGGAUAUUUAGUGGACUAUCACUAUUCAGGAAUUUGUAGUUGACGAUGGUGGACUUUUUAGUUCCACUCAAUAGUCCGCCAUAGUCAAAUAGCAUUGUAAGCUAGUUCAAAUCUAUAAUUCAUGUGCUACUUAGCUCUCAUUCACUGCUGGUGGCUCACCUGGUAGGAAUCCUUUAGCAUUGUACUACCUACUACGUGAAUUCCUUUGGGGGGUGGAGGGGUGUAUCUGUUUGCAGCACAAGCUAGUUUCAAUGUUGACAUGCACUCCUCUAAGGGAAUCCAUUCGCAUUGCAUGUUAAGACUAAUGGGUGGUUAGCAUGAGGAAAGGUGGUGGUGAUUGAUCUGUAGCUGUUUAUGUAAUGCAGUGAAACGUGUCAUGUACACCCCCAGCCCACCCGUUUUCAGAGUUUACGUAUUUACUGGCAUUGCUUGAUGUUGCACACGUUUUACGAGAAUGUUAUUUAUUCUGGCGGAAACUUGGGAGCGCUGAUGGCGUUUAACAUGCUAUAUGACGAUGCUCUCAUUUUUAUUUUCAGCGAAAUAACUCAAAUGUCUUUAUUUCCAAUUGUGGAGAUUGCAUUCGGAAUCAUACUGUCUUUUGUCUCACACACACACACACACACACACACGUGUGUGUGUGUGUGUGUGUGUGUGUAUCAGGGAGUAGGAUAAUAGUGAACUAAUCCGAACACAGGCUAGUAUUUUUUUCUUUACUUUGCCCUUUAGAAUGCUUUUUUUAAUUAAUUUAUUAUUAUUAUUUUUUUUUUAAUUUGAAGUGUGCCUUGCCACAGACUAACUACCAGUUUCAACGCUAGCCUUGCUAUGUAGUUUUAACUGAUGCAUAGAGAAGUACAAAUGUGUGCUCCCUUCUUGGACGAUUAUUUUUAUUGAG